AUGGCCAACGGACACCCGAGGCAGGGAUGGUACCCGAACCCCAUAAUCUUCCCUUCCAAUGGCCCGUGGCACCCACCGGAGCUCCACAACCAAAUGCCCCCCUGGCCGUUGACCGGCCCUCCUGAGCCCGUCCAGGGGCUCUGGGGCCUAGGUCCGCUGCCGCUCAAUCAGCCACACCGUGCCCCGGUGCAGUUUCCACUCAUGGAGCCUGAGACCAACAUGGCCCUCAUCGGCCGCUUCCUCCAACUACGCCAUCCAACCGAUCCCGACACCCUGGCCGUCCUGUGGCGCCUCCUCAAAAUCAUCGCGACUUACUCAUCGUGGAUGGCGGUCGACGCGCCGCUCGACCAACUCCAGCCCAUGGUCAUUGCCACAGACUGCACCCAUCGCUUGAAGAUGGAUCUGCUCCGCGAGUGGCAGUCGUCAGAGGGCGACAUCCGCAAGCAGAGGCGUGGGCUUGUAGACCUUGCGGCCGGCCUGACGGAGCUAGCUGGCAGUGACAUCUUGUGUGCGCCAGAUGCCCUUGACGUUAAGGCUCUGACCGACACCUUUUCUAAGCGGAAUAUCAAGAAGCUGAGCGUGGCCCAGCACGAACGCGUGUUCGUCUCUCUCGCCAGGCUCCUGGGCAGUGCGUUCCCUCUGCACAGUCGUAUGGCUCGCCAGCGAACGACUUUGGUUUCGUACAUUGCCGCUUGCUUCGCGCGCGGCGACCGCACGUCGCUGCUUUGGGGCAACCUGGCGGUGCACCUGGCUCUUCUUCUGUGCACAGCUCGCGUUUGA